AUGGCGAAGGUACUAAAGACUAGAGAGGCAAAAAGAACUUGCGUCAAGUAUAACAACAGAAAAAUGAAAUCCCGAUUUUUGUCAUACAAAAAUUACAUGAUCAAAAGUCUGGCUAAAGGCUUUGUACAAGUGAGUCAAGAGCGUCUAAAAUUCGCCGAAUCUUUUAACAAAUGCAAAAAUGUCAUGAGCAGUAACUUAGAAAAUGCUCAACAAACAAUGCAGAUGCUCGUAGUGAUGUCAGAGUAUUUCUCCAACAUAAUUUUGUCGUGUCAGGAGUUUGUACCGCAUAACAUAUCUCCUCGUACUUCUAGUAUUGGCUGUUUUAGCAGGAAAGAGUCAACCAGAAGAAACAUGCCAAGACUAGCAGCAUAUUCAAACUUGGGUACCAUCGAAGAACAAUCAACUUCUGAAGAUCAUUCUGACGUUGAAAACAGGCGUUCACGUAGUUCAUCUGAGGAGGAGGACCUUCUAGUACUCGCACCUGGUAACGAAAGUAAGCUAAACAUGGGUGAUGAGAAAUGUGCGAUCUUCCUGAGACGGUCAGAAAGAUAUUCUGGAGGCAGAUCAUCGCAAAAUGACUCGAGGUAUUCAACAAACAAAAGUACAAAUGUACAUCUGCCCCACGACACCUUGGAAUCCGGGACGAAAAUGGAAGACUUGAGCUGGUUGUUUGCUUUAACUUUGGGGGAGGAUGAGGAUAAUACUAGCCAAGAGAGUGUUACGCCCGAUGAGCCGAGGCAAAACUCCUUCGCAAAUAUGGAGCCAAACUCGCCGGUGUUAUCAUUGGGUCCAAAACGAAGUUUCAACUGUGUCGACUCUUGCAUGCCUGAGUCGCCCAAACAGUUCAUCAAUCCGUGUGCUGCUUCUUCUUUGAAAGAUUUGUUUAGUCCUACGACUGGCGUGGAAACGUCUGGCAGUUGCACAAACGACGAGGACGAUAAUUGCGAUAGUCAAAGGGACUUUGUUACUCGUCGCCGCUACGUGAAAGACUCUAUAAUGUUCAAAAAUAAGCAAGGCCAGUUGGAGCCACGGGCAAGCUUACAACCCCAAGUGGAACAGUCUGAGCCAGUCAAAGCAUUCGCUCCUUUAUUAAAAUUGGAAAAACACGAAGCAAGGGUAAAAGUAUUAGUAGAGCGGCUCAAAAAAAGACUGGAGCUUGUACAUAAUAACUAA